AUGUCAAUUGUGCUCGACGCUGACGCUUUUGAGAAGCGAAUCGGGGCGCUUGUUCGGGCAUGGAAGCUCGCGAGAGAUUCUGAGGACUGGGGGAAGUCAGAUGCACUGGCGAUUCUUGUAGGAGCGGCAGAAGAGGAUGCGCCUUACCAGAAAGGCAGUGCAGUGCAAACAUGGCUGCUUGGUUAUGAGUUCACCGAGACGCUGGUGAUUGUCACGUCGGACAAAGUUGUUUUCCAUACCAGCGAGAAGAAAGCACGAUACAUUGAGCCGCUUGCCAAGAAAACAAGUCUCCAGAUAGAAAUAGUUAAACGAACUAAAGAUGAUGCACAAAAUAAGGCAGCGUGCACUCAGUUGCUGGAUAUUAUCAGCAAGAGUUACGACGGUAAAAAGAUUGGUGUCUUCGCAAAGGAUCGAUAUCAAGGAAAGCUGGUUGCCGAAUGGAAAGAAGCUAUCAAAAAAGCUGGAAAAUUUGACCAGGUGGAUGUGUCCGGGGGGGUUGCCUCUGUGCUGGCGGUCAAAGAUGAGGAUGAAGUUCGAACAGUGCGGCAGGCCUCGAGGCUUAGCGCUUUGAUUCUGAAAAAAUAUUUCGUGUCAGAAAUGAUGGAGAUCAUAGACGAAGGGAAGAAGGUCAAACACGAGCAAAUGUCUACCAGCAUGGAGAAUUUGCUGAGCGAUGAAGACCUUAGGAAGAAAUAUAAACUCCCAGCCGACGUGCAAUAUGACCUGGCUGAUUGGUGCUAUCCCCCAAUCAUACAAAGUGGAGGCAAAUACGAUUUGCGAGCAAGUGCAAUGAGCAAUAAUGAUUCGCUGCAUGAAGGAACUAUUGUGUGCUCGUUGGGAAUUCGGUACCGCUCAUAUUGUUCCAAUGUCGCGCGAACGUAUUUGAUGAAUCCGGAGAAGGGAAAGGAAAAAAACUACAACUUUCUUGUGGAGUUGCAGGAACACGUACUAAACUCGAUCAAGGAAGGGGUAGCUUGUAAGGACGUUUAUAGUGCUGCGAUAUCCUAUAUUGAGAAGAAGCGGCCCGAUUUAAAAGAUAAUUUUCUGAAAAACUGUGGAUGGAGUACGGGUAUUGAAUUUCGAGAGUCCACGUAUACCUUGUCGCCAAAGCACACAGCAAAAUUGAAAUCAGGAAUGGUGUUUAAUCUUGUUCUUGGCUUUCAAAAUCUCGAGAACUCAGCGUCGAAAGAUCCCCGCAACCGAACAUACGCUCUGCUAAUCACCGAUACGGUUGUGGUCACCACCACAUAUCCCACUGUUCUGACGGACGUGAAGAAGAACAUUGAAGAAGUUUCAUUCGAAUUUCAGGAUGAGGAUGAUGAAAAGGUGGUCAAAUCUGAACCAAAGGCGAAUGGCGAUACUCCGCGAAGCAAAAAACCGGCACCGGUGCUUCCCGAACGAAAAGGGAAGCGAUUGCGUGACGAUCAGGACAAGGCAGAAAAUGAGGCAAAGCGUGCGGAACAUCAGCGGAUAUUGCAUAAUCGAAUGCACGAGGAGGGUCUGCGACGAUUCGCCGAUGACAAUGGUGGUGCCGCCGGGGAGCAAAAAGAAGUUUUCCGAAAGUUCGCCAGUUACAAAGCGGAAUCUCAAUUACCUAAACAAGUCCAAGACUUGAAGAUUGUUGUAGAUGCCCGAAAUGAGUCCAUCAUACUCCCGAUAUACGGGCAACCAGUACCAUUCCAUGUGUCCACACUGAAAAACGUCAGCAAGAGCGAGGAGCAGGAUUAUCUCUACCUUCGUUUCAAUUUUGUCACUCCUGGACAAGCCGGAAAGAAGGAUGUCGGAACGCCUUUUGAGAAUCCAAACGCAACCUUCAUCCGUGCGCUUACUUUUCGCAGCAGCGAUAUUGGACGAUUUGCUGAGAUUUUCCGUCAAAUUAACGACUUAAAGAAGGAAACCGCUAAGAGAGACGCGGAACGCAAAGAAAAAGCUGGUCUCGUUGAGCAGGACAGACUGGUUGAAGUCAGGGGCCGGCGUCCCUUGCGAUUGCCGGAAGUUUUUGUUCGGCCGCAAGUUGACAAGCGUUUCCCAGGAGAUUUGGAAAUACAUACGAAUGGUAUUCGCUACCAAUCACAACUGAAGAGCGGUCAGAGUAUCGAUGUGCUGUUUUCCAACAUCAAACAUCUGAUAUUCCAACCUUGUGAUCAUGAGCUUAUCGUGAUCUUACACGUGCAUCUGAAAAACCCAAUUAUGAUAGGGAAGCGAAAAACGAAGGACGUUCAAUUCUAUCGUGAAGUGUCAGAUGCAGGGUACGAUGAGACGGGCGGUCGAAAUAGACGUCGUCCCAACUAUGGUGACGAAGAUGAACUUGCAAUGGAACAGGAAGAGCGGAGGCGACGGGCAGCCUUAAAUAAAGAGUUUAAGACUUUUGCCGAGAAAAUUCAAGAUGCCAGCCGUAUUGAUGUGGAUAUGCCAUAUCGGGAUCUUGGGUUCCACGGUGUUUUCAGUCGACAGCUGGUCCUCCUGCAACCUACAAAUGAAUGUUUGGUCCACCUCACCGAUGUGCCGAACUUGGUUAUUACUUUGGCGGAAGUGGAGCUCUGUCACUUGGAGAGGGUCCAGUUUGGGCUCAAAAACUUCGAUAUGGUCUUUGUGUAUAAGGACUACACUCGGCCAGUCACACAUAUAACCACAGUUCCCGUAAAACAAUUGGAGAAUGUGAAGGAAUGGCUCGACUCGUGCGACAUCCCGUUCAGCGAGGGUCCCGCGAACUUGGUGUGGCCUCAAAUCAUGAAAACAAUCAAUCAAGAUCCUGUGGGUUUCUUUGAUGCGGGUGGUUGGAUCAUUUUACAACCCGACUCCGAGGAUGAGGCUAGUGAGGACGAAGUUAGUGAAUUUGAAAUGGAUGAGAGCGAUUUCGAAGAAAGUGACGAUGACAGUGAAGAAUAUGCUUCUGAGGGAGAAGGAUCUGCAUCGGAUUAUAGCGGCUCAGAAGACGAAUCGGAAGGGGAAGAUUGGGAUGAACUAGAGAGGAAGGCCGCAAAGGCGGACUCCAUGAAGGGUGCAGAAAAUGGUUCAAGUAAGAAGCGUGCAGCUGAUGACGAUCGGCGACCUGCCAAAAAAAGGAAAUAA